AUGGACAGGCCCGUCCGGCUGCUGUCCCAGAACGUCUGGAAUUCCUUCUUCGCUGGUGGGCCCGGCCGUGGGGAGCGCCUGCGCGCCCUUGUGGAGUUCUUGCGGGGGCACGAGGUGGACGUCGUUGUCGUCCAGGAGAUGUUCGCGAUGGGCCUGGGUCCGCUGGUGGACUGCGUGGACGCGGACGCCGCCGCGGAGGCGAUGCGGGGCCUCGGCUUCGUGUACCAGACGCGCCCCCUCGAGACCUUGCCUCAGGUGGGCCAGAGCUCGGGCCUCGCCGUGUACUCGAAGCUGCCCAUCCGCAGGGAGGCCCACGGCGUCUUCUCGGCUUCAUGCACGAGGUCCCUCGCUGCCCGGGGCCCCUCGUGCGUGUGGCCGACCGUCACGCACCGGCGUGCCGUCUCCUGCAAGGGCUGGCUCGGGGCGGAGUUGGAGCUGCCAGCCGCGCGAGGCCAGGCGCCCCGGCGCCUCAUGGUGCUCAGCACCCACCUGGAGCACGCGCACGACCCGCGCUGGCGGGAGGUCCGGGAGCGGCAGUGGCGCGAGCUCGCGGCGAGGGCGUCGGCCUUGUCGGAGGAGGGAUGGGGCGGCUCCAGCCUGGGCCCCUUGGUGGUGCUGGUUGGCGACUUCAACGUCUGCGGCUCCGAGGCCGGCGAGCGGCUGGACGGCGGCGCUGAGUACGCGGCGCUGCGCGAGGCGCUGGGCGCCGCCGGGCUCCCGGAGGCCCUGGUGGAGCAGGCGCGCGGCCUGCCCACGCUGCGGCCCGAGGCCGGGCCCGCGGGUCUCAGGUGCUCCUUAGACCACGCCUUCGUGUCGGCCUCGCUGGCGGCGCGGGGGGCCCGCGCGGCGGUGCUGGACACGCGCGGGGACGACGGCCUGCCCGUCUCUGACCACUGCGGGGUCGUGGUGGAGCUGUGCUUGUGA